AUGCAUUUGAAUCCAUUUGAACAAGAUAAUGUAUUUUUCAUUAUCUUCACCACAAAUCAUUCUUCAAUUAGUUAUAUUUUAAAUAAUCUUGAUGGUUAUACUAAUUAUUCAUGUUCCAUAAGUGCAUCCAGCGGUUGUAGUAAUUAUUGUCAAUCGUCGAUCUUUAUGACUGAAGAAAGUGAUUUAGACACAACAACUCCAUAUGCAUUUAUUCUCUGUGCAACAGCUCGAAUGGGUUGUGGUGAAGCAAGUAUUAAUCGUUUAUUAACCACGGAAAAUCGAAAUCGGCCGGUUGCACAAUAUCCACCUACUAUCAGUGAAUCUUCAAUCACUUCGACAAGUUUAAUAUUAACAUGGCGUAAAGAUUAUGAUUUUAAUUAUGCACCUAUUCGAUAUGAUUUUGCUUCAAUUGGUACGAAUAAUCGCUUAAAAGUUUUAAUAAAAUCAUUGUCAAACGAACACGUAGUUGAAAAAAUUUACUAUUUAAUUAAUGAAAAUUAUUCGAUACGUUUAAACAAUAUUUGUAAAAAUUCCUAUAAUAUGAAUGAAACUGAUGCGUUAAAUGUUUGUUUGAGUAAUACAAGUGGUGAUGGUCCACUAUUAUAUGCAUAUUAUUUUCAUAUGCAAUCAUCUGCACCAAGUCAUGCAUUCAUUAAUUCAUUGAAUGCUAGUGUUUUAAGUUCAACUGAAAUCUUAGUUCAAUGGAAUGUCUUCGUUCGUAUGAUUUAA